UGAAGUUGGAACAAAGUUUCAUAGAGAGCCUCCAAUUGAAUGCAACCCAACAAAACAUCACACACACAUUUACUUCACUCAAAUUUAAAACUCUCUCUGUCUGUCUCUUAUUACGCAGAGUUCUAGAGAGAGACAGCAUUUUCUAGAGAGAGAAACCAUGACGGGCCUUGUAAUGGUGACCAAAGGCGGUGGAUGCGGUGGCAAGAGAACCAGAGCUUCUCGCACCGCCGAAGAGGAACAAGACCGCCAGAACCAGCUCUCACUCGUCGCGCUUCUCCUCGCGGCGCUCAGGAAAUCCAUGGUGGCUUGCAGAGUCGACCGACCCGAUGAAGCGAUCUCCACAGUUCACCAAAUGGAGAUCGGAUGGCCUACCGACGUUCAGCACAUCACUCAUGUCACCUUCGAUCGCUUCAAUGGCUUCCUGGGUCUUCCUGUUGAGUUUGAGGUUGAGAUCCCGGGUCGGGUUCCCAGUGCUAGUGUAAGUGUAUUUGGCGUCUCUGCAGAAUCUAUGCAGUGUUCUUAUGAUUCAAAAGGGAACAGUGUCCCUACAAUUCUCUUACUAAUGCAGGAACGUUUAUACUCCCAGGGAGGCUUAAAGGCUGAAGGAAUAUUUCGCAUAAACCCAGAAAAUAGUCAAGAGGAGCAUGUGAGGAACCAGUUGAAUAGAGGCAUUGUGCCAGAUGACAUUGAUGUCCACUGCUUGGCGGGACUAAUUAAAGCCUGGUUCCGAGAGCUUCCUCAAGGAGUGCUGGAUGGACUUUCCCCUGAACAAGUUCUGCAGUGUAACACCGAAGAAGAAUCUAUCGAGCUUGUGAAGCAGCUGAAGCCAACCGAGACUGCCUUACUCAACUGGGCUAUUGAUCUCAUGGCCGAUGUUGUAGAAGAUGAGGAAUGUAACAAAAUGAACGCAAGAAACAUUGCAAUGGUUUUUGCUCCAAACAUGACUCAGAUGUCUGAUCCUCUAACCGCCCUGAUGCAUGCGGUUCAAGUGAUGAACUUACUCAAGACAUUGAUAAUGAAGACACUUAGAGAACGUGAAGAAACAGCAACAGGUGGAUAUUCACCCAUGUCCUUUCAUUCAUCAGAUCGCCGGUCUGAGGCUGAAUAUGACAGUCAGCGAGAAAUGGACACAAGCGGUGAGCUGAGAGGGGCCAAAUCAGAUUGUGGUUCCCACUACAGCCAUAGCAGUGAAGAGGAAGUGGAGGCUGAAUCUCUGAGUGAGAUCGAAGAACGCUUCUUGAAGCAGUUGGAUGAGAACACAAAAGGAUUCUCAGAAGAACCUGCAGCUUCUUUGCAAGAGUAUGUUAACCCCAGUAACUCUGGCUAUAGCGUGGAACCUGCUGCAUCAAAUACUGAUAGCAAAACAGGGAAACCUUGCUUGAGGACCGGUUUGGAUUCAAGUAUUGACUCAAGUAGGGCAUGGACAGGCACCAAAGAAGUGGAGAUGAUGGAUAAAUUUACAGAUUCGGUUCCACCAGUGCCGCUGGUUGCAUCUAGUUAAGAACUGGUCUUCUUCUAGCAGUUUUAUACAUCUUGUUUCAUAUUUUGUCUCUAGAAGUAGGUUUGCUUAUGUAAAUUUAUACAUUGAGUAGGAACUAUUUGCUCCUUGUGGAUUGUGGGAAGGUUAUGUUCAGUUCAGGGCUGAAUUAGACCUGGUUCUGUAUGUUCCGCCUGUACUGGACAACUCUAACCAUGACAAAAUGGGAAUGGCUAAGGUCUAGCCAAAUCUUCAAUUUUCAA